AUGAACCGUUUUACCACAAGCGUAAGUGGGUUUUGUCCGUCUGUGUUCAUCUACCUGGGUCUGGUUGUACCAGCAAUAUGGCUGCUGGAGCUGCACAAAGUCGACUUGAGGCUGCAGAAAAAAACGAUCAACGUUACUUAUGUAGAGACGGAUCUCCCCAUACCUGGCGCCACGAAGAUCCCCACAGACAUGUGGGUAACGCUUAUAGAACAGUUCCUAAUGUUAACCCUCAUUGUGGGACGCUGGUUACUGCCCAAGGGUGAUCUGACGAGGGAUCAGCUCAGUCAAUUAUUACUCGUUUAUAUUGGCACGGCGGCUGACAUAAUCGAGUUCUUCGAUUCCUUCAAAGAUGAGAAGGUGGCAACAGAGAAGGUCCUCGUACUAUUAACCCUGGCGAUUUGGUCGUGGUCUCUGAUGCAGUUUACGGUGGUCCUGACAGCAACUAAGUCCAGGAAAUCCCGAGGAACAGCCAAUAGGUCCGACAUAAACAGUCGUGCUUGCUGCUGUUCUAUAGAAGUUUGCGCAAUCAUAAUGAAUAUUGCGCUUCAGGAUGCGCCAUUUUUGGCGUUCAGACUUCUCAUCAUAUGCCACUACAAAAUCAUUAACUAUAUGAACAUCUUCUUCACAUGUAAGAACACUUUGGUAAUAUUGCUACAGAUAUAUAGAUUGUAUGUCUUGCACUUGGAAACGGUUGAUGAGGGGAAUGGUGGCUCCGUGUACAGGAAGAAGACAAAACAUAGGAGUACUGAUAAGAAGGAGAAGGAGAAGAAACAUAGUAAACACAAAUCAAAGAAACACAAGAAGAAACACGAAAUUGGAGAGACUUCCAUAUCAGUCAUCAGCGACAGAAGACACGAUCGAGGGGACGGAGGACGAAUCAGCGGAAGGAAACGCGCGGGUAUCAUCACUGACUUCCUAAACGAAACGGUAGAGCACAUGGUAUUGGUGUACAUUUUGCUUGAGCUGAGUACCGCUAUGUUCUCAAGAAAGCGAUCGACGGUGCCAGCCAUCAGAUCACUACAGAUGAGUCCCAUCAAUGGUGAUCUAGGUCCGAUAUCGCAGUAG